CCGUGCGUUUUGGCCAAACUGACCUACAAAAUUGUGCAGUUGAACUUGGCGUUGCUCGUCGAUAUCAACAAACGGAAAGUAGUGUUAUACGUCGCUAGCUUCCAUUCCGAGCAUCAGUCGGAUAACUCAAGAUGAGACGUCACCGCCCACAACUUGAUGUGUGAACCAUCAAUCUGUCCCAUACGUCGCAAUUCCAUUUAAUUUGUCACGCCAGGUGAAUCACAGUUAGGCCGAAUUGACCAAUGAGGCAUAACCAGUGGGAGAAAUUGUUCUGUUUCACUCUGUGACGCGGUUUGUUACGGCGACACAGAAAGUCUUUUAAAUCCUUUAAAAGUCGUAUGGCAGGACGGAACUUGGUUGACUCGGGAAGACUGACGCUGGAGACAGAAACGAAACCUAUGGACUUCCAAUUCCACAUUGCCUGCUAACUACAAUGGCGCAAUGGGGCCAGCUCCAGACGCUGGACGGCAAGUACCUGGAGCAGGUGGACCAGCUGUAUGACGACUCGUUCCCCAUGGACAUCCGUCAGUACCUGAGCAAGUGGAUCGAGAGCAUCGACUGGGACACCGUGGCCAUGCAGGACUCUCUGGCCACAGUUCGAUUCCACGACCUCCUGGCUCAGCUGGACGACCAGCACAGCCGCUUCGCCCUGGAGAACAACUUCCUGCUGCAGCACAACAUCCGCAAGAUCAAGAGGAACCUGCAGGAUCGGUUCCAGGAAGACCCGGUCCACAUGGCCAUGAUCAUCCAUAGAAAUCUGAGCGAGGAGCAGAAGAUCCUGGCCACUGCGAAGAGCGUGGAGCAGGACAGUGAGGGGGUGGUGUCGGCCAUGGUGGUGGAGAAACAGAAGCUGGACAAUAAAGUGAAGGAGAUGAAAGACAGAGUUCAGGUCGUGGAUCAGAACAUCAAGAACCUGGAAGAUCUGCAGGACGAGUACAACUUCAACAUCAACACCCUGAAGAACAGAGAGAAUGAAAUGAACGGUAUGACGCCAAAGGAGCUGGAGAAAGAGAAGAUGACUCUUGCGCGGAUGUGUUUUGAACUGAAAGCCAAACGACAGGACGUGGUGACCCAGCUGAGCGACCUGCUGAACUUCACGCAGGCGUUGCUGUCCGAACUGAUCUCCGAGGAGCUGCCCGAGUGGAAGCAGCGGCAGCAGAUCGCCUGCAUCGGCGGUCCGCCCAACGCCUGCGUGGACCAGCUGCAGAACUGGUUCACAGCAGUAGCAGAGUCUCUCCAGCAGGUUCGCCAGCACCUGAAGAAGCUGCAGGAGUUGGAGCAGAAGCUCACCUAUGACAGCGACCCCAUCACACAGAAAAAGGCUUACCUGGAGGGCCGAGCCAUGGAGCUCCUGAAGAACCUCCUCUCCAACUCCCUGGUUGUAGAGAGGCAGCCCUGCAUGCCCACCCACCCACAGAGGCCCCUGGUGCUGAAGACAGGCGUCCAGUUCACUGUGAAACUGCGGUUCCUGGUGAAGCUGCAGGAGUUCAACUACCAGCUCAAAGUCAAGGUCGUGUUUGACAAGGAUGUCACAGAGAAGAAAGGGUUUCGCAAGUUCAACAUUUUGGGAACAAACACCAAAGUGAUGAACAUGGAGGAGUCGAACGGCAGCCUGGCAGCAGAGUUCAGACAUUUGCAACUGAAAGAGCAGAAAGUCGCCGGCAACCGAACAAACGAGGGUCCUCUGAUCGUCACAGAGGAGCUUCACUCGCUCAGCUUUGAGUCCGAGCUGCAGCUCAAUCAGUCGGGACUCGACAUCAAGCUGGAGGCCAUGUCUCUGCCCGUUGUGGUCAUCUCCAACGUCUGUCAGCUGCCCAGCGGCUGGGCGUCCAUCCUGUGGUACAACAUGCUGACCACCGAGCCCAAGAAUCUGAAGUUCUUCCUCUCCCCUCCGGCGGCGAAGUGGUCUCAGCUGUCCGAGGUUCUCAGCUGGCAGUUCUCGUCUGUCACCAAGCGAGGCCUGAACCAGGAGCAGCUCAACAUGCUGGCUGACAAACUGCUGGGAGCCAAAGCCCAGAGGAACCCAGAAGGACUAAUCCCCUGGACCAAGUUCUGCAAGAGCGCCAACGAGAAAGCAUUUCCCUUCUGGCUGUGGAUCGAAGGAAUCCUGGAUGUGAUCAAGAGACACCUGCUUUCUCUGUGGAACGACGGCUCCAUCAUGGGCUUCAUCAGUAAGGACAGGGAGAGGGCCCUGUUGAGCGACAAGUGUCCCGGUACCUUCCUGCUCAGGUUCAGCGAGAGCAGCCGAGAGGGUGCGAUCACCUUCACCUGGAUCGAACACGACGUCCACGACAAGCCGGUCUUCCACUCCGUGGAGCCGUACACGAAGAAGGAGCUGUCGGCCGUCUCUCUGCCGGACAUCAUCCGCACGUACAAGGUGAUGGCUGCCGAGAACAUCCCCGUGAACCCGCUCCGCUUCCUCUACCCCGACAUCCCGAAAGACAAGGCCUUUGGGAAGUACUACCCCAAACCCUCUGAGACUCCAGAGCCAAUGGACGUGGAGAACGCAGAGAGGACGGGCUACAUGAAGACGGAGCUCAUAUCUGUCUCCGAAGUACCUCCGUCCAGAAUGCAGGACAACAUGUUGCCGAUGAGUCCUGAUGACUACAAGGCUCUGUCUCAGUACGUCAGUCCCAGAGACAUCGCCGCCGUGGCUGACAAUCUGAUGUGUGGAUUUGAAGAUUUUGGCACUCAGAUGAGUGCAGAAUUUGAAGGCCAAAACUGAGAAACAGCAGAACUUCAUCCAUGUCUUCAGACUGUACUUUGUGUUGCAACCCAUUGUUCAUUUGAGAUAAUAUGCUGUCGGAGGAACCGCGGCCAGAUCCACUGUACAUAUGUCUGUGUCUCGAACAUGAACCCCCUGAGCCCUGAAACAGUUAAAUCCUUUGGAAUGGAAAAUGGAAUCAGUACAAUUUUAAGUCCUGUGGAAAAUGUUUUUUGUGUGUGUGUGUGUCUGGAAGCUUCCCGUAGCACUCAGCAUGAGCUCUUUUAUUUAAGAAGUUUUAUAAUGAAAUGUAAAGGUAAAACGAAGUAAACCCACUGGUUAACAUUAAUGUCACCAUCAAAUUGCUGCAAUAAAAAGUCCUCAGAACUGA